CCAGGCAGAGGGAAAACCAAGUGCAAACCCCUGUAGGUUAGGCUACUGUUGACAUUUUUUCAGGACGGUAAGGCUGGAGUAACACGAACCAGAGAGUGGCUGGAAGUGAGCACAGUAAAGUAGAAAGAAACCAAUCGUAUAGGGACCUAUAGGCCAUAGUGGUCCUUCGUUAGGUUACUCUGCAUGAGAUGAGAGUCCGCUGGGAAGUUUGGGCAAUGGCGGAUGAUUGUGGCUGCUGUGGAGGUGGGGGGCUGGAGGCAGUAAGGGAGCAAAGGUAGACAUAAGAAGGCCGGUGAGGCACCAGCUGUGAUAACCCUGGUGACAGGGUAUGUUGGGUCAGAAUGGCCCCAGUGGAGGUGGUGAGAAGACAUUCGAUUCUGGAGCUAACGGUGAAACCCUGAGAGCCCAACCUGGAUGGCACAGCCUUGCCUUAUUCCAGUCUGAAAAGCGCUGUGCCUUUGACAGGCUGCGUCCUCUCAGGGAGGAAGGCUGUUGGGCCAUGGCGGUUUUUGAUACCCCGCAGGAAGCCUUUGGCUUCUUACGCCCCGUCUGUGUUCAGCUCACAAAGGCGCAGACCGUGGAGAACGUGGAGCACCUGCAGGCACAACUCCGAGCUGUCGGCGACUCUGCCCUUCAGGAGCUUCAGCAGUACGUCCUCUUUCCUCUGCGGUUUGCCCUGAAGACCCCAGGCCCCAAGAGAGAGCGCUUGCUGCAGAGUGUGGUGGAAUGCCUCACGUCCGUCCUCUCCGCCACAUGCGUGAAGGACCCCGGACUUCUCCAGGAGCUCUUCUCAGAACUCUCAGCCUGCCUGUACUCACCCGCCUCCCAGAAGCCCGCAGCUCUGUCCGAGGAGUUGAAAUUGGCCGUCAUCCGCGCACUCAGCACGUUAAUGCACUCGGCCUACGGGGACAUCAUUCUGGCUUUUUACCAGCCCGCCCUUCUGCCUCGCUUGGGGUUUGCCGUCUCUUUGCUGCUCGACCUCACAGAGCAGGAGAAGUCAAAGGAAAUCAAAACUGCUGCGGUGCAUUGCUUGCAGGUACUGCUCUUGCAGUGCGAGUGUGGGGACCAUCCGAGGUCCUUGGAUGAGAGUGAGCAGAUGGAGCUGGGAGAUUUGUUUGCUUCCUUUUUGCCGGGAAUCUCAACUGCACUGACCAGGGUAAUCACUGGAGACUUCAAGCAAGGCCACAGCACGGUGGUAUCCUCCCUCAGGCUCUUCCACAAGACAGUGGGCUUCAUUAUGGCCGAUGAACAGCUCAGAAGAAUCUCAGGGGCCCAGGCAAUGCCUGCAGUUGAACAGAGAGUAGCUGAGCUGAUGAUUCACAGGAAAGCGGACUGGGUUAAAAACACAGGGGCUAAGUUGGCGCUCCUUCUUAAAAGGAUCAUUGAGUGUGUCUCCAUCCACCCACACUGGAAGGUGAGGCUGGAACUGGUAGAACUUGUGGAGACCCUUCUUGUGAAGUGUGGUCAGUCUCUGGUCGAGUCCGCCAGCCCCCUCCUGAAGGCUUUGGUGAGUCUGGUGAACGACGAGAGUCCGCAAGUCCAGGUCCGAUGCAGUAAAACCCUGAGACAUUUGGCGGAUCAGCAAGUAGUGGUGGGCAGCAGGGCCUUCACCGACAUCUUGUCAGAGAACCUACACUCCCUUGCUACAUCUCUUCCUCGCCUCAUGAACUCCCAAGAUGACCAAGGAAAAUUCUCCACGCUCUCCUUGCUACUUGGUUACCUGAAACUCUUGGGCCCCAAAGUCAACUUGGUCCUCCACUCUAUGGCCCAUCUGCAGCGCCUUUCCAAAGCACUUAUCCAAGUGCUCGAACUAGAUGUGACGGACGUCAAAGUCGUGGAGGAGCGCCGGUGGCACACCCACGAGCUAAGUGCAUCUCCAGAGGCCCCUGCCACUGCCCGACCGUGGAACCAUGUCCAGAGGCGGUACUUCCGCUUCUUCACUGACGAGAGGGUCUUCCUGCUCUUGCGGCAGAUCUGCCAGCUCCUCGGGUGUUAUGGGAACCUCUAUUUGCUCGUGGACCACUUUCUGGAACUGUACCGUGAGUCUGUAGUCUAUCGAAAGCAAGCUGCCAUGAUCCUCAAUGAGCUAGUUAUAGGGGCUGCUGGCCUGGAGGUUGUUGUGGAGGGUCUUUAUGCAAAGUCUCCUCAAGCAAGCCCAGAGGACCUGAGAGACAGCAUCACUGCUGUCCUGGAAGAAUACACAAGCCAAGAAAACUGGUACUUGGUUACCUGCAUCGAGGCUGAGGAGAUGGGAGGGGAAUUCACAGUGCAGCCGCCAGGCCUCCCCGCCAUCACAUCUGGCGCCCACACCUGCCAAGUUGCCUCUUUUCAGGCUGGAUCAAAGCCAAGCCCCACUAUUUGCACCAUGAACAGCAACAUAUGGCAAAUAUGUAUUCAGUUGGAAGGGAUUGGCCACUUGGCAUACGCACUAGGACAGGAUUUCCGUUUGCUCCUGAUGUCAGCCCUCUAUCCCACCCUGGAGAAGGCCGGGGACCAAUCCCUGCUCAUCAGUCAGGCAGCAAUGGGCGCCAUGAUGGACAUGUGCCUGGCCUGUGGCUAUGACUCCCUGCAGCACCUGAUCAAUGACAACUCCGACUACUUGGUGAAUGGGAUCUCUUUAAACCUGCGCCACCUGGCUCAGCACCCUCACACCCCAAAGGUCUUGGAAGUCAUGCUGCGGAACUCGGAUGCUAGCCUGCUUCCUUUGGUAGCAGAUGUGGUUCAAGAUGUCCUGGCCACCCUGGACCAGUUUCACGAUACAAGAGCUGCUUCCUUUGUCGGGGUUCUGCAUGCCCUGCUGGCUGCCUUAGCCCAGUGGUACCCAGCCACAGGCCAACCCCCAGAACAGAGUGUGGGGCAGGAGGACAGCCAUUGGAGCCGAAGAGCAACUCUUGAGAAGGGACCGGCGGCUACCACCGCCACCACCACCACCACCACCUCCAUCACGGCCGAAGAUCUGGAACAGUUUGUGCUGAACUACCUCAAAGAAAAGGAGGCGGCCGAAGGAAACGUGUCGGAUGUUGAUGACGAAGAAGAGGCGCCAUCAGUCCCUCCCGAAGCAGAUGAGAGCGACAGGCGUCCCGACAUGGAACCACCACUGCCGCCGCAGACCCAGAUAGCCAAGGACGUGAUGGAGCGCUGCAUCCACCUGCUGUCGGAUAAGAACCUGAAAAUCCGCUUGCAGGUGUUGGAUGUGCUGGACUUGUGCGUGGUGGUUCUGCAGUCCCACAAGAACCAGCUCCUCCCCUUGGCUCAUCGGGCCUGGCCCUCGCUGGUGCACCGACUCACAAAUGAUGACCCCCUGGCUGUGCUCAGAGCCUUCAAGGUCUUGCGAACCCUGGGAGGUCAGUGUGGUGACUUUCUAAGGAGCAGGUUCUGCAAAGAUGUCCUGCCAAAGCUAGCCAGCUCCCUAGUCACCCAGGCUCCCGUCAGUGCCAGAGCUGGCCCGGUCUACUCCCACACACUAGCCUUCAAGUUGCAACUGGCCGUCCUGCAGGGCCUGGGCCCCCUCUGCGAGAGCCUGGACCUAGGUGAGGGUGACCUGAACAAAGUGGCGGGUGCCUGCUUGAUUUACCUCAGCGCCAAACAGCCCGUGAAAUUACAAGAGGCUGCCAGGAGCGUGUUCCUCCAUCUGAUGAAGGUAGACCCAGACUCCACCUGGCUGGUCCUGAGGGAGCGUCACUGCCCGGAGCUGCUUACGCCUCCCCACUCCAGUCUCUGCCCUGUGCGGCUGCUGGGGGCGCCGGGCCAGCAGAGCCCAUUCACCGCCAAUGUGCUGCACCUGCUCCAGGAGCUGCCAUGAAGCCUCUCCCCCAGGAACCCCUCUGGGGUCAGGCUGACCCCACCCCCACCGACUGCAAAGGGGAUCAGACAGCCCAUUGAUUUCUAAAUUGACCUAUCACACAACUGCCUAGAAGUCGGAUUGAAAGAAAGUGCUGGCCUGUUAUUUACAUUCCACACCUGUGUCUUCAAGUUGCAGUCAGGCAGCUCCUGAGCUGACCAUCUCACCCACACCACACCUCCCAGCUUAAGGACAGUGGCCGUCAGCUCCCUUGGACCCCAUCUGCGGGUCACAGCUCUGAGGGUGAGGAACACUGCCCUGUCAUUACAAACACACAGUGGGUCCCCCCACAC